AUGGCGGGGAACGGAGUUGAUGGCACGAGUGCCGUACCAUCGGUGUCCACAGCAGCGGUCCUCAAGCAAUCGGUUGACAUGCCAAUAGGUGCACAGAAAGUCAAGGAGCUGGAUUUCAAUGAUUAUGCUGGAAGGGCUAUCACCGUGGAAGAUCUCAUCAACGAAACGAGCAAUAUGGGAUUUCAAGCAAGCUCAAUCGGUGAAGCUGUGCGAAUCAUAAACGAGAUGAGAACCUGGCGAUGUCCUGAAACCCGCGAAAAAACGACCAUAUUCCUCGGCUACACCUCAAAUCUCAUAUCUUCUGGUCUGCGUGGCGUGUUACGGUACCUAGUCGAACAUAAGCACGUGUCGGCCGUGGUGACGACCGCUGGUGGUAUAGAAGAAGACUUGAUCAAGUGCAUAGGAGAUACAUAUAUGGGCGCAUUUAACACAUCAGGCGCAUUACUCCGGGAACAGGGGCUAAAUCGAAUAGGUAAUCUGUUAGUCCCAAACAAGAACUAUUGCGCGUUCGAAGAAUGGGUUGUGCCGAUUCUCGACAAAAUGUUGGAAGAGCAGGAGGCGAGCAAAGGCACUGAAGAGGAAAUCAACUGGACUCCCUCCAAGGUUAUCCAUCGACUCGGAAAAGAGAUCAAUGACGAGCGCUCAGUCUGCUAUUGGGCAUAUAAGAACAAUAUCCCAAUAUUCUGUCCGGCAUUGAUGGACGGCAGUCUCGGUGACAUGGCAUACUUCCACACUUUCAAGUCAUCGCCUCUACAGCUGAAAAUUGACAUUGUCGAAGACAUUCGACGUAUCAACACUUUAGGUGUCUUUGCGAAGCGAGCUGGAAUGAUUAUUCUAGGAGGAGGUGUCGUCAAGCAUCACAUCGCGAACGCUUGCUUGAUGAGGAAUGGAGCCGAGAGCGCAGUGUACAUCAAUACCAAUCAGGAGUUCGAUGGUAGUGAUGCAGGCGCAAGCACGGAUGAAGCUGUGAGCUGGGGCAAGAUUAAGGCUGGGGCAAGCAGUGUGAAGGUCUUCGUCGAAGCGACUGCUUGUUUCCCCAUGAUCGUCGCUGCUACAUUUGCCAAGCCUGAUGACGAGGUAAAAGAGGCUCCUGCGAAGAGACAGCCUUGGAGUGGUUCAUCUCUCCCGGAAGGCUCUCGGUGCUGA